AUGACUGAUCUUUACGUUCAAUUGAAACAGUUACACCAAGAACAGUUCGAUUGGACUCAAGAACGUGUACUUGUCUACAGGGGACGACGGAUGCUCCCUGCAGAAUUCGAGAAAUUGAAAGCAAGUAUUGGAGGUUUGGUUGUCACAAAAUCUUUUUUGUCAACGACGACUGAAAGAGAUGUUGCUGUGGUGUAUUCUGGAAAGGAUACAUCAGAUCCUAAUAUUGUUCCAGCUAUAAUACAUAUGAGAAUUGACAAGCAAAAAAAUGAAACAAAACCAUUUGCUUUCAUUCGCUAUCAUAGUAAAGUAAGAGAAGAUGAUGAAGUUCUAAUAUCAAUCGGGACAAUAUUUCGAAUCAUUGAGGAGAAUUAUAAAAAUGGUGUUCAUGAGUUUGUAUUAGUUAGAAGUGACACCGAAGAGCAACUGGAACACAAAAUCAAGGAAGAUUUUCGAAGUCAAAUUAGUGAAAGUGAAACAUUUCUCAAUGUGGAUUCUUCAACAGAUAUCGUUAAACUUUGCAAAGAAGCCCUAGAUGUUUCGACGUCAUUUGAUGAUCAUAUUACAAAACAACAUGAAGGAUCAGUUUCAUCCAAAAUUCUCGAGACAAAGAAUACAGGUAUUGAUUUAUUUUCGUUCAGUAUUUAA